AAGAGACCUCUCCGGCACACCAGCAGCCCCUCUGUCGCACUUUGGGAUUUAUCUCGCUUUUUCUCUCAUACCCCCGGCUUUGUUCUGCAUUUAGACACAUUAUCUCCCUUUGCAUCGUCGAAAUGGCAACACGAAUUGACAAAGAGGCUUGCAGAGAGGCAUACAAUCUGGUGCGAGACGACAGCUCAGGUAUAUGCUGGGCAUGUUUUAAGUAUGACGGAUCUACAAUUGUACCAGGCGGGCAUGGGUCCGACUAUGAA